AUGGAAGAGAAUGUGUUCAGCGUGCAGCAGAUCCAGCCCAACGUCAUCUCGGUGAGGCUCUUCAAACGCAAGGUGGGCGGCCUCGGGUUCCUGGUGAAGGAACGCAUCAGCAAGCCGCCCGUCAUCAUCUCAGACCUGAUCCGGGGAGGGGCUGCGGAGCAGAGUGGCCUCAUCCAGGCUGAUGUCAAUGGCAAACCGUUGGUGGACAUGAACUAUGAGACGGCGCUGGAGAUCCUGAGAAGCAUCGCCUCCGAGACCUACGUGGUCCUCAUCCUGCGGGGUCCUGAGGGCUUCACCACUCACCUGGAGACCACUUUUGCAGUUGACGGGACACCAAAAACCAUCCGUGUCACCAGACCCCUCUGUCCGAAUCCGAAGGCGGUUGACUUGUCCAACCCAAGCCUCCACAGCAAAGAGCAGCCGCCGCCGGCAGCCGACUGCACCAUGGGCUCCCUGUGGACAAGAGAGAUGGGGCGGGGGGAGCCGAUGGUCCAUGUUAACGGCGUCAUUACCAGCAGCAAAGGGCAGGACGCUGGGAAGGGGAAGGAGGGUGCUUGCGGUCACCCUUGCCUCAACGGCAGCGUGGAAGACAACGAACUGCUUAAAGAAAUCGAGCCCGUCCUGGAUCUCCUGAAGAGCAGCAGUAAGGACGGCGACGGAGAGGCACCCUCCAAGGUAGAGACGAGAGAUAGAGAAGUCCAGGUGGACUGUUUCAGGGAAGGGGAAAACAAGCCGCAGAAAGUCUUACCAGCUCCGAUGGAGAACGACCGUGUCCUCGGUGAGCUGUGGGGGAAGAGCAAUGCACCCAUGGUCCUGAACAACCCCUACUCUGAAGCAGAGCAG